AUGAUGAAUAAUAAUCGUUGUGAACAACCGUCGCAUUUAUUACCGUUAUUGACCAAAAUGAAGAGAAAUGGAUUAACAACGAAUCACGAGUCGCAAUUACCGGCUGCGUCUUUGAAAAAUUCGAGAAGAAAAGUGUUGAAAUUCGGUGUGGAUGCAAUUCUUGGAAAUGUUAAUGCAAAUUCAGAUAACGACUCAUUCGAAUUUGGAAAUGAGUCCGAUGAAGAAUUAAAACAUAAAGUUGAUCAGAAUGUUACAUCACCGAAUUCAACGAAUUCAUCUGUUUCUUCGAACGAACCGUGUGUAACUACGAGUAAUUUUACCUUUGGAUCAUCUUUGGCAACGACUAAUGAACACAUUUUUCAUCGAAUGAUGACAACAAAUCGAUUGCAUUCUCAUCCAUUCAAUCCAUCAUGGCGUCCGAAUCAUCGGCCAUUGCUCGGUCAUUAUCCGUCAUCAGCAGUGUUCAAUGGGAUUCUUCCAGGACAUGAAAUUUAUUUGCCAUCGGCGAAUCCGUUUUGGUCGACGGACCUCCGAAAUAGAACUCAACCGAGGAUGUUGAGACGAGCGGUUUUUACCGAUCAUCAGCGGAAAGGUUUGGAAGUGGCGUUUUCAAAACAGAAGUACAUAAGUAAACCAGAACGAAAGAAAUUAGCUCAAGGAUUGAAUUUGAAGGACUCACAGGUGAAGAUUUGGUUUCAAAAUCGUCGAAUGAAAUGGCGGAAUACCAAAGAACGUGAGAUGCUGAUGUCUACAAAAUCUAUGCAUAGCAAUUCGCAAUUGUCUGAUGAUUGUCAAGGAAAGGAUGAACUCAUUCGGCCGUUCUCUCCAUCGUUCAUUGAUAAUCUCAAUGAGAUCGACGUUGAGAAAGAUGACGAUCAUUCGAUCGAAGAAUAA